AAGUCGAACCAGCCAGGAAGCUGCGACGGUUUAUAAACCUGAACUCAAGUGCAAGAAGACGAGGUCGAGGUCAGACUGCAGAGAUGAAGCUGUUGGUGCUGCUCGUCACCCUGCUGGUUCUGUCCUGGACCAGUGCUGAAGAUGUCAAAGAUCAAGAGAUCUUACAACAACACAAUGAAGAAAACAACCACAAGUCAGAACUUGGAAAACCAGCUCCCCAACGCACAGAUAAUGAGACGUCACAACUCGGACAGGAAACUCCAACAAUAAGGGUGGCUAGAGCUUAUGAGAUUAGUUCUAAAUCCAACUUACAAUGGGUUCAGUGGAGUGGACACAUUCCAAGUAACGCAGUUAAAAUUUCAAAUACAUAUGUAGGUCGUGAAGACUAUGUCUGCAGAGUCGGCUGUGAAGCUGGCUACUACACUCCCACAAAGGGCCCUUACUGCUACUACCCUUAUGGAUUUAAAGAACUACAGAGUAAAGUGUUCCACAUACUGGUGAACAGAGAUAACUUUGAGAUUCUGGAGUGGAAGUGGGAGACGGGUGGUCAAGUGCCAACAAAUGCAGUCUUGGCCUGCAGAGACAUAUAUGUGGCAAAGAACAAGUACGGUCUAGGAAAACUACACCAAAGCCAUCAUGUUUUCUAUCUUCCAUGGCAAGGAAUAGAGUAUAAGUACAACAAGUACAGUGUCCUGAAUGUCAACAUGGAUGUAGUCGAGCAGAAAAUCACGAAUGUCAUAUACAACAUGAAAGGGGUUCAUGUUUAUAAAGAUAAACCAGAGACCCUCCGCAAGACCACCGUUAAAAACUAUCAGUGUACCACAGUUACCAAAGAGGUUUCCCUCAAGAAAUCAACUGAGACGUCACAAAGUUGGGAAAUCAGCAGUUCUAUCACACUUGGUGUCUCAACUAAAGUCAGUGCUGGGAUCCCCAACAUUGUCGAUGUGAGUGUGGCAGUAAGCGUUGAGACCUCAGUGGAAAUCUCCCAUGGAACCAGUACGAAGGAAUCAACCAGUCACUCUCUUUCUAUCUCUGCCACCGUUCCUCCAAACAGCUACUGUGUUGUCACUAUGGAGGGUCGUAAGUUCAAGGCAGACAUCCCGUUCACAGCACGCCUGACCCGCAAGUACCACAAUGGGAAGGUCACCUCUUCAUCGGUCAAAGGAAUCUACAAGAAGGUCCAGGUGGGAGAAAUCCAGGGAGUGGCGCAUCGCUGCCAAAAGAUAGCUGGUGCCAUGCCGUGCUAAUGUUCAGCUGUUUCACCUUUGUAGGAUGUCUACAUGUGAAGUGCUGAUCCUGUUUCAGUAUGAAA